GUUGAUAAUGACAGGUAGUUGGGGAAGAAGAUGCUGUUCAUUAAUUAAUGUAAAACGUCUUCUACUAAAGUUACACAGAUACUGAAAAUGGCUACCGGAGGUCAAACGCAAAGUCAUGUUGCUACCAAAGGUCAAGGACAUGGACUUCUGGGUGAGAAAUUUACAUGUCUUAUUUGUGGACAAGAGGACUUGACAGAAGAGAACAUGAGAAGUCAUGUACUUUUGGAACAUGUUGAAAACAAUGUAUGUUGUCCUUUCUGUGAUUUGUCUGGCAUUACAAGUGAAGAAAUGAAUCUACAUAUAAAUUCAGUUCAUUUUGAUGACAUGACAAGCCCAGGUGCCAAGAACAUGGAAGGGGACACCAACGUGAGAAGUCGCCAUAGUUCUGGUAAGGACGAUCCAGAAAAGUUCGGAAUUGAACAUGGUGGAGCAAUACCGAAAACUCCAUCUAAAACUUCGUUGAAACAUUCCCAAAGUUUAGAUCAAAGCCCACAAAAAUCUCCUAGUAAAAAGUCCUCAAGUAUGAAAACAUCUCAUUCGGAGUCAAAUAUUAAUAGAAGAGGUAAAUUGCAAUUAAAUUUUGAGUUGGUGAAUGAACCCGCUCCAUCAAGAAUGGUAAGAGAAUCAGCAUCGUCUGAGGCAAUACGGGCCUCAACAUCAUCUCAUUCUUUAAGAUCGUCUGCCUCUGCACAUACCAUGAGGGGUUCUUUAUCAUGUGAUACAAUAGACUCUAAUCAAAAUUCUCAGUUAGAUUCAGAACAAGCUGCAAGGGUGAGGUUGCAAAAUAGCAUACAUAGUCAAAAUGAUAUAAUAAUGGAAGAGGGGCAAGACAAUAAUAAUAUUCCACUUCAACCAAAUCUUAACCAAGUACUCCAACCAGACAUAAAUGAUAAUGUAGAGCCAGAUAUAAACUCUAACAUGCCUGCUGGAUUCUCCUGCCCGCUCUGUCAGUUUAUUACGUCGUCAGAAAACUUGAUACAGGCCCAUGUGAAUAUGGCACAUGUUGAUGUUUUGAGCCCUGCCAGGCCAAGACCGGGUGGUUCGGAAGCCGGCCCUAGUAGUAGAAGUGAUACAGCCAGUCUAUACAGUACAGCAUCUGCUGAUAGUAAUCCUAAUGACCUGAUGGAAGAAUACCCUUGUCCAAUAUGUAUGAGAAUCUACACAAAUUCAGGCGAGCUUAGUUUACAUGUAAAUCAGGAACAUUCUCAGAUAUUCAGCCCCGAUAAACCUAAUGCAGCUGUUGGAGAUGCAAUGGCGAGUCAGUCAGUCUUCCACUGCCCUGUAUGUGAGAUGGAAUUCUAUGAAAAGUCGAGGCUAGAAGCACAUGUAAAUGGUCAUUUCUCAGCAGAACAAACUCCAAUACAAGAACGUACAGAUAAAAUGAUAGCCCAAGCACUGCAGGAAAAAGAAACAGACAUGGCGAAUCAUGAAGAAGAGAAAGAGUUUCAGAAAUUACAGGUUAUGUUUGGUAUGGCAGACGGAACACCAUAUAAGAAGGCCUACGAGACAAAUCUUGAGAGAGCCGUUGCUAGUGGAGAUCUCACAGUUGUUGAAUUUCAUGAACGUAAGAAUGGGUUCAGGUUUGCUGACUCUAGAGGGAUAGAUGAUGGCACUUCUUGCACAAAAGGUGUAAUUCAGCGUCUACAGGAGUACUACCGUACACCAACACAUGGUGUAGGAAAGUCAUGGUUAUGUACAGUGGUAGAUCACUAUGCUGGUUCCUAUGGUGACAAAGGAUGGGGGUGUGGCUACAGGAACUUUCAGAUGUUGCUGUCUUCCCUCAUGACCGAUCCUACAUACAAUAAAGUUCUCUUUAACGGGAGACCCCUGAUGCCAUCUAUACCAAAGAUACAGAGGUUAAUAGAAGCUGCGUGGGAAAAGGGAUUUGAUAAGCAAGGUUGUGAUCAGCUAGGUGGGCGAGUAGUUAAUACAGUCAAGUGGAUAGGUGCCACUGAAAUAGUUGCUACCCUGGCAUCUCUUAGAGUGAAAUGUAAAUUAUUAGACUUCCACAACCCAUCAGGACCAAAUGGAACACAUCCUAAAUUAUUUGAAUGGGUGAAGAGUUAUUUUGAGAAAACUGCAGCGUUUAAACCACCACUUUAUCUUCAACAUCAAGGCCAUAGUCGGACUAUAGUUGGAAUAGAAGAAUUGAAGGACAAAAGUUUACGUCUGCUGAUAUUUGAUCCGAGUGCAAGAAAGAAACAGAUGCAGUUGUUUCACAGUAUAGUCAACGCCAAUCUGAUGAGAGCACUUAGAAAACCUCUGGAAAAUCUGAAAGCUAAACAAUACCAGAUAGUAGCUGUUAUAGGAGUUCUUUCUGAACAAGAGUAUAAGGAACAUAAAAUAAUACGAUCAGAAAGGUUAAGUUAGCACACCAAGAUUUGAAAUUCAAAACCAGGAACCAGACAAGCUGACUGAAAAGUUGUGAUUUAUCUUAUUUUGUCUUUCUAACAUUUAUUAGAGAUUUGUUCAGAUUACCUGAGCAAAAUGCUUCUGUAAAAUAUUGUGACUGUGAUGUAUAAGGUCCAUUAAUUUUUCUGUCUGUAAACCUUUUUUCUGUGUAUUUUUUCACAUGUUUUGAAGUCAAAUUUUCACAAACGCUGAAGUGUCAUGUGAUAUAUAGCAUGUCUAAGGUCAAAAAUCAAAUGGCUUAAAUUUGAGUCAGCUCCAUAUCUUCUUAACCACUUAAACUAACAUCAGUGGUUAACCUCAUCAGGAUGAGAAUCAGGGUACACAACCCAUGUGUGUCUGAGGGUAUUAAUUGCCUUUAGUUAUAGCUCUGCUAUUGAUUGACCUUUUCAACUUAAUUAACAGUUAUCACAUAAAAAUUUGACAUUUCUGCCAUUUUCGUGGUAUAUUUUUUGUACAAUAUACAUGGUAAUUUUAAUGUUCGGAAAAUUAUUUCUCAUUGAUAGCCCACUGGCUUUCAUUUGAACAUAGCAAAAUUAUAGCACAUGUGUACAAUUCACUUUCCAUUAGUGUAGUAAUAUUUAGUAAAUCUUAACUGUCUUUUUUAUAGAAGCACAUACAUAAAGCAAUAACAAAGAGGUAUGCCUACAUAUUUAUGUAACAUUUAUUGGGAGGUGGAAAGUUCUCUUCAGACAAAAAGUGAAAAAGAAAAAUCAUUCACAUUUUCAUAGGUGUUUAUUUAUAGACUGUAAGAUAUGUAGAAUUCUCUUAAUAUUUUAGUUGGCAGUAAAAGUAGUUACGAAAUAGAAGGAAUUUACCAAGCCUUUAUAUCAUACAUGUUGAUGCCUGUUUUAAAUUUGUUAAUGUUGUAAUGUAAGUGUGGGGGCAUGUCCCUUUCAUUAAUGUUUAACCAAGACAAAUUAACUCUUAUGUUUAAAAGUCUAGACUAUUCUUAACAUCAGUAGUCACUAAUUAAAUGUCUGUUGAAUUGCUGUGUUUGCCUAGACUAUAGAGCAUAUACUCCAGAAAUGUAAAAGGCAUGACCAGGAGCGAGCUGCGACUUGGCCGAUAGAUACCUCAAUCCACCAGACUCUGUAUGGAGGCAUUGAGGAUCUGCGGCAAACAACAAGUUUCAUCGGGGCUACUGGUCUUACAGUGUAGGGCAAGGAGGAAGAAGAAGUUUCUAAUUAACUAUCUGUUAAAUUGCUGUGUUGGCCUUGGCUAAGUUUUAUAGUUUUGAACUAUUGCACACUUGUUCAUUGUCAUUUGUUAAAUAUUUUGGUCAAGAACCAUGGAUUUUGUCAGAAUUAUGGCUCUUUUUGUACUUAGAAAAUUAGAAUUUCUUGGUUAUUAUGUCUCCCACCACACAGUGGUGUGGGAGACAUAUUGAUUUACUCCAGUAUGUGUGUGUGUCUCUGUCACAAAGUUUGUCUGCACUCUUAAGUCGAACAUUUCUCAUCCGAUUUUCACCAAACUUGACAAAAUGUGUUUGACCAUAAGACCUCGGCCAGGGUGAUAACUAGCCAAAUCGGUCCAGGCAUCUUGGAGUUAUGGCCCUUGAAUUACCAAAAAUCGGUCUUUUUACUCUUGUCCGCACUCUAAUUCGAAUAUUUCUCAUCCAAUCUUCACCAAACUUAAACAAAAUGUGUUUGACUAUGAGACCUCGGCCAAGUUCGAUAACUAGCCAAAUCGGUCCAGGUAUUUUGGAGUUACGGCCCUUGAAUUAUCGAAAAAUUGGCCUUUUUACUCAUGUCCUUACUCUUAAUCAAACAUGUCUCAUCCGAUCUUCACCAAACUUAAAUAAAAUAUGUUUGACUAUGAGACCUCAGCCAAGUUCGAUAACUAGCCAAAUCGGUCCAGGCAUUUUGAAGUUACGGCCCUUGAAUUAUCGAAAAAUCGGCCUUUUUACUCUUGUCCGCGCUCUAAGUCGAACAUUUCUCAUCCGAUCUUCACCAAACUUGAACAAAAUGUGUUUGACCAUGAGACCUCGGCCAAGUUUGAUAACUAGCCAAAUCGGUCUAGGCAUUUUAGAGUUACGGCCCUUGAAUUACCGAAAAAAUCCGUCUGUUUACUCUUGUCCGCUCUCUAAGUCGAACAUUUCUCAUCCGAUCUUCACCAAACUUGAAUAAAAUAUGUUUGGCCAUAAGACCUUACCCAAGUUCGAUAACUAGCCAAAUCCGCCCAGGCACUUUCGAUUUAUGGCCCUUGAAUUACUGAUUGGAUCCACUCAUCCAGACCAUCUAAUUGGAUUCACUCGUUUAAAACAUCUAGAGAAACUAUUAUUUUUCAUAGGGGCAGUUGUGGGAGACAUGUGCUUUUCUCAAAAACAUCUCUAGUUAUUUUUGUUUUAGUUCACUUUAUCUUAAGAGCAAUAGCUUUGAAACUUCACAAACUUGUGUAUCAUCAUUAGAGGAAUAUAUUUUACUAGAACCUAAAGUCUUGCAUUUAUUUGGUAGAAUUAUGGCCUUUUUUAGGUCUAGGCAAAAUUCCACACUCACAACCAUCCUAUCAAUUUCUAUAUAGGAGUGAAAAGUGAAAAAGCAAUUACAAAGUUGAUGGUAUUGGUAAAAGCCUUUUAUUUUUCAUGAUAUUUUUUAUGACACUGUUUUAUGUCAGAAAGAAUGCUAGAGCUGAAUAAUUUAUAUCCUGGCAAGCAAAAUGAUGUUUGAGUUAAAAUAUUGAAAUAUGAUGAUAUAGUAAAAUUGUAAAUAAACAUCUGUUUGCACAUUGGCCUGGUAAUAAAUCCAUUAUCUGUUUCAUUCACCACAUUAUGAGAACACAUGUCUGUUAAUAUUAUAGUAUUAUAGGUUGUGAUUUUUAGAAAAGCACUCAUUUAUAUAAAUUUCUGUAUUCAUUUUAUGCACAUUUCUUGUUGCAUAGUGUACACAUCUUUCUAUUGAUUGUUUUAUAUAAUUAUAUAUAGUGCUGAAAUAAUGUGAUAUGUACAAUUUGGCCUCAAUAUAUGUACAAAUGUGUUUUCCUUUACACAGAAGAUUAUUUAUAUUGCAUGCUGCACAGUAAGUUUUGUAUAGUUGCCAUUGUAAUUAGCGUAUGGUUAUACCAUUAUCAGUUUGUUGAGUCCACCAGCAGUUGUAUUGUAAAAAUUUUAUAGGUCAGCUUUAUGGCCAGCACCUACAGUGUCUUCUGCUGUAGCAAGGCAGACGGUAUUGAAAUCAAGAUGUCAGCCAUUGGACAUUCUCAUCUGUCACAGGUUUUUCAAAAUCUGAAGAUGAACCUGUGAUUUAUUUCGUUCAUUUAUUUGGUGAGCAAUGCACAUUGGUAAUUAAAACCUGGAGAGGUUUCAGCCAAUCAGUGAUUUCCUGUUUACAACCCACCAUAUUCAAGCAAUAUAUUAGCAAAAUACUUGCUUACAUUGAAUAAAGACAAAACAAAAUGACUGAACAAUAGAUAUUUACUCCUCAAACUGGAUAUUUAGAAAUUUACCUAGAAAAAUGAAAACAUUCAUUGUGAUUCAGCAUCAGUUUAAAUAAUGGAUAAUUUCCAUGGAUGAUUUAGAUUGAUGACCUGUCGGGGAAAUGCCACUGAUAGGUUGAAACCUUUAACCUGUAGUUAGUUCAGUGACGGGGACCAUGGUGGACCUCUGGUAUGUAAGAAUGGCUUUCAGAAUUUUCAGAAUGUUUACGCAUAUAUGCAGUGUUUACAUUUUACAACAAUGCAGAUUUUGCAUAUUUACCUUUUUUUCCCGACAUUUCUUUAAAAGCCCAUAGUGUGCACCUUUAAAUAUUAAAGGUAGGUUGAUAAUGCAUAUUUAGUCUCUUAGGCCAUCUCAUAACAACAUUAUGAUUUUAGUGCAAUAAGCUUAUAUUUUGACAUUUCCAUUAUUUCAAUCAUCCUCUCCUGUAUAUUACAUGUAUGGUUUGCAUUAGGAGAGUGGAAUGGGAUGCAGUCAUUUAGACGUAAUAGAAUUAGCAACAUUGUCAUUUAGAUGUAAUAGAAUGAGCAAUAUUAUCAUUUAGACAUACUGGUAAUAGAAUGAGAGCGAUUGUCAUUUAGACAAUAUAAUGAGAGCCAUUGUCAUUUAGACAUAAUAGAAUGAGAGCUAUUGUCAUUAAGAUGUAAAAAAUGAGAGCCAUUGUCAUUUAGACAUAAUAGAAAGAGAGCCAUUGUCAUUCAGAUAUAAUAGAAAGAAAGCCAUUGUCAUUCAGAUAUAAAAAAUGAGAGCCAUUGUCAUUUAGACAUAAUAGAAUGAGAGCAGUUGUCAUUUAGACAUAAUAGAUUAAGAGCCAUUAUCAUUUAGACAUAAUAGAAUGAAAGGAAUUGUCAAGUAGAUAUAAUAGAAUGGGAGCCAUUUUAAAACCAGUAACCUAACCCUGCUACCACGUGAUAAAGAUAUUUUUUAAAAUAAUUUCAUGUUCUGAUUCACUACAUAAUUGGUCUACUCUUUCUUCAUAUAAUAGCCAGAUAGAAUGUCACUGUGAACUUUAUUGAGAGGAUUUUACUUUGCAUUUAUUAACCUGAUAGAAUGUAACCAACUGUGAACUUAGGUGACAUGAUUUAACUAUGCAGUACACCUGACAGAAUGUCACCAACUGUGAACUUUAUUGGCACUAUUUUACUGUGCAGUAAACCUGAUAGAAUGUCAACAGCUAUGAACUUUAUACACAUGUAAUCCUGAUGGAAUGUCGACAACAGUUGUAAACUGUGAACUUUAUUGACAUAUACAUUUGAUACUAUUAGAAUGUCAACAGCUGUGACCUUUAUUGAAAUGUUAACUUGAUAGAAUGUCAACAACUGUGAACUUUAUUGACAAAUAAACUUGAUGGAAUGUCAGCAACUGUGAACUUUAUUGACAAAUAAACCUGAUGGAAUGUCAACAACUGUGAACUUUAUUGACAAAUAAACAUGAUGGAAUAUCAGCAGCUGUGAACUUUAUUGACAAAUAAACCUGAUGGAAUGUCAACAUCUGUGAAAUUUAUUUAUGCUGUUUUACUUUGCUUUAAACUUAAUAGAAAUGUCAACAACUGUGAAUUUCAUGUACACAAUUUUACUGUGUGUGUACACUUGAUAGAAUGUCAACAGCUGUGAACCAUAUUGGCAUGUAAACACAACAGAAUAUCAACAGCUGUGAAAUUUAUUGACACAAUUUUACUGUGCUAUUCAAGCUUAAGUAGGAUUACUAUUUUUAGUAUUACUGAGUUUAACGUCACUCAGACUUAAUUCUAACUCAUAUGGCGACAUACCAGCAUUGGAUAGAUAUAGGCAGGCACACGGGUAGAACAACUAAACUUCUGUAAACCAGCUUGAAGGCUUCCUCACAUGUAAGAAUUCUACAUCACAAACAACGUUUUGAACCCACAGUAGUGAGGGGCAAUUGAUUCAAAGUCAGUGACUUAACCACUCUGCUACUGUCCUCAGUGACUUUAACCACUCUGCCACUGUCCUACUGAUGUUUAGGAUUUGUAUUUCUAGCUUUGCAUAUUGCACAUUGAGAUACAAUGGAAUAGUCAGCUUUUGGAGGAUGCUUUUAUUUUGAUUGCAGUAACUUUGUUGUUUUUUUUAGUUCAUCUGAACUUUGUUCAGGGUGACUUUUUGGUACAGGUGGAUAGUCAACAAGGGGUCUGUUAUCCAGCCUAAACAUUUUUACAUAAACAUGUUCUCCUCUAAAACCAUUUGGUGGAAUUUGAUGAAGCUUCCCUGGAUGUUCCUUGGAUGGUUUUCUGCCAAAGUGAUUCAAAGCAUUCCAUUCCAUGCAAUCUUGUAGCCAUGGCAACUAAAACGAAAAAGUUUUCUUACCCAAAAGGGCAUGGCCCAGAGCUUAGAUAUUUGUUGUGUAGCAUUUUCUAGUGUUUCUCUACCAAAGUUUUUCAAAACAUUUCCGUGGGGUCAAAAUUGGCCCUGCUCCAUGGUUCUAUCCUUUCUAUUAGAAAAACUUCAAAAAAUUCCUUGUCUAAAACUUGAAGGCCUAAAGCAGAAAUAUAUGGUACAUAUAACAUUGUGUAAUCGUACCCUGUCGAAAUUUGUUCAGAUUUUACCCCAAGGGUUGUAAUUGGCCAAGCCCAGGGGAUCAUUUGUUUUACAUAGACUUGUAUUAGAAAAACAUUAAAAAUGUUCUCGUCUAAAACUGCAUGGUGCACGGCUUAGAUAUUUAGCAUGUAGCAUUGGCCUUAUUUGCUCAAAUCAUACCACUUGUGUGAAAAUUGGCCUUGCCCAGAGGUUCAUUUGUUUUGCAUAGACUUACAUAGGAAAAAAAAUUGUAUUGUCUAAAACCUGAAGGUCUUAAGCUUAGAUAUUUGACAUGUACCACUGUGUAGUAGUUUCUACCGAGUUUAUUGAAAUCAUGCCUCAUUGAUCAAAAUUUGCCCCAAAACUUAACAGGAAAAAUUUAAAAAAUCAUCUUGUCUAAAACCUCAAGGUCUAAAGCUUAGAUAUUUAGCAUGUAGCACUGUGUAGUGUUUGUUCAACUCAUUUGUGUUUGGUCUAAAAUUGCCCAAUGCUUGGGUUCACUUGUUUUUACAUUUACAGAGUUUGUAGGAAAAGCUCUAAAAUGUUCUUGUCUAAAACCUUGAUGCCAUAGAUAUGUAGCAUGUAGCUUGGUGUAGUGCUUCUCUACAAAGUUUUUUUUCAAAUCAUCUCCAUGGAUCAAAAUUUGCCUCACCCUGGGGCUCAUGGUUUAUUUAAACUUGCAUAAAUUUUUUUAAAAAUAUUCUUGUUUAAAUCCUCAAGACCUGGAGCUUGGCUAUUUGGCUUGUAGCAUGGUUAGAAUUUUUUUGUUUUGAAAGACAUCAUUUUUAGCUCAUCUGAUUUUUUGAAAAAAAAUGAUGAGUUAUUGUCAUCACUUGAGCGGUUGUCGGCGUCGGCGUCGGCGUUGCCUGGUUAAGUUUUAUGUUUAGGUCAGCUUUUCUCCUAAACUAUCAAAGCUACUGCUUUGAAACUUGGAAUACUUGUUCACCAUCAUAAGCUGACCCUGUAUAGCAAGAAACAUAACUCCAUCUUGCUUUUUGCAAGAUUUAUGGCCCCUUUUGUACUUAGAAAAUAUCAGAUUUCUUGGUUAAGUUUUAUGUUUAGGUCAACUUUUCUCCUAAACUAUCAAAGCUAUUGCUUUGAAACUUGGAAUACUUGUUCACCAUCAUAAGCAGACCCUGUACAUCAAGAAACAUAACUCCAUCUUGCUUUUUGCAAGAUUUAUGGCCCCUUUUGUACUUAGAAAAUAUCAGAUUUCUUGGUUAAGUUUUAUGUUUAGGUCAACUUUUCUCCUAAACUAUCAAAGCUAUUGCUUUGAAACUUGGAAUACUUGUUCACCAUCAUAAGCAGACCCUGUACAUCAAGAAACAUAACUCCAUCUUGCUUUUUGCAAGAUUUAUUGCCCCUUUUGGACUUAGAAACUUUUUUUUUAUGGUUAAGUUUUAUGUUUAGGUCAGCUUUUAUCCUAAACUAUCAAAGCUAUUGCUUUAAAACUUGCAACACUUGUUCACCAUCAUAAGUUGACCCUGUACAGCAAGAAACAUAACUCCAUCCUGCUUUUUGCAAGAUUUAUGGCCCCUUUUGGACUUAGAAAAUAUCAGAUUUCUUGGUUAAGUUUUAUGUUUAGGUGAACUUUUUUCUCUUAAACUAUCAAAGCUACUGCUUUGAAACUUGCAACACUUGUUGACCAUCAUAAGCUGACCCUGUACAGCAAGCAACAUAACUCCAUCCGGCUUUUUGCAAUAAUUAUUGCCCCUUUUGGACUUAGAAAAUCAUUUUCUUGGUUGAGUAUUAUGUUUAAGUUUACUUUUCUCAUAAACUAUCAAAGCUAUUGCUUUAAAACUUGCAACAGUUUUUCACCAUCAUAAGUGGACACUGAACAUUAAGAAACAUAACUCUAUCCUGCUUUUUGCAAGAAUGAUGGCCCUUUUUAGACUUAGAAAAUCAUGGGUAGGACAAUAUUUCUAUUACACAAAAAAAAUCAGAUGAGCGUCAGCACCCGCAAGGCGGUGCUCUUGUUAUAUGUUAAACUUGAAGUGUAGACUAGCUCAUACUGUAUACAAAAUGGCCUAAUUUGUAGCAUACAUGUAUUGAGAUAAGUUAAACAACCAUGUAAUAGUUUGAAGCUCAGUCUCAGUAUAUCCAGCAUGUCAAUGAUUGGCUCUGAGCACUUUUGAAACUGACCAGUGGCAAAGUUUUAUAUAUCCAGCAUCUCAAUGAUUGGCUCUGAGCACUGGUGAAAUUGACCAAUGGCAAAGCUGUAAUUUUAGACUGGUUGCAAAUCUCAGUUUUAUAAGCUGUGGGGCUAUUUUAAAUGCUAUUAGCAAAAAAAAAAAAAAGAAGUACUUAUUAAAACAUUUCUGAGCAAGCAUAGUCAAGAUUCAAAAUGAAUUUUUAGGUGGUACUAUUGACCAACAAGUUAAAAUUUGCAAAGUGUUUAAAAAGAUUUCUUUUCAGGGUAUUUUAGUCCUAAUAAAGUAUGUUUGACUGUCAAGAUGUUUUUUUUUUUGUAUAAAUCAUUUUAUAUUUAGAAGGAUUACUGUGUGAACACUGUAAACCAAGCAGUUUUAUGAAGCUGGUGCAAUUAUAAGUACACUAUUGCAAAUCAUGCAUUAAUAUUAGGUCUUUUAAUUUCACUGUAUGUUGUUUUGGAAUAAAGUAUGUAAUAGGGAUUCAUAAAUUCUGUAAGCUUAUGGCAUGCCUGGAUUAAAUUUACUUUUUUAGAAAUUCUGUCAAGAAUUAUUAGCUAUCGUUAGACACCAUUUGCUAAUAUUUUGACUGCUAAUUAUCAUUAUGUAGACAUUUUUAUUAUGAAUUUGUCAUUUUUAUAAUUACACUGUUAUAUUUUGCGCAUCUUAUAUCUAGUCAUUUGUUGAUUUUAUGCUUGUUUUAUAAAUACACAAUGCUAAAGAG